AGCAAGUCACUUCAGGGCUACUGGUUCUUUACUGCUGUGUUGGAACAGAGAGAGAAAUAUGACUUGUGGAGUUCAUUUGGGGAUUUUCCUUAUUGUCUGGGUUCAAGCAGAGCAUGUGCGUUGUUUGUGGGCUUCACAAGCUCAGAGCCAGAACAACAACACGUAUGUUGGCUUCAGGCAAAAUAAUCGGGAAGCCGGUCCCAGCAACUAUCUCCAGAAUCGACUCAGACAAGCCCCUCCGAGCUCAGCGCAGAGCACAAACUUAAACAUACCUUCAGCUGUGGGCAGUAGUUUUAGCCGGGGGCCUUCUACUGGUAGCUACACACAAACUGUUUCACAGCCAGCUAAAAGUGGCUUUGCUAAAGUCAGGUUAGUGCAGGGCAGCUCAGUGUCAAAACCUAACUUGAAUCGUGUGCCUAAACAGCGUUUUCAUGGCCUUUCUAGUGCUAUUGCCAGUAGCGAUUCUCUGAGUAAGAGCAGGAACAAGGACACAGGGAAGUCUUCCAGCCUGUUUGGUGCCGGCGCUCCUGAGCCAAACCAAAUCCCUGCACGGACCAAAACUUCCUCCAGUGUUCGUGCUAAGCUAGUGUCUAAAACGGAUAAACCUUCCCGUCCCUCAGCUCCUAAAAACCCCAGCCAGACUGAGGUUGUGACCCCAUACAAGAGUAAAGUGUUUUCAGGGAAUGCCCGAGGAAGCUACAAGGCUACUUCCAUGGCCUCAAGUUAUGGCACUUCUCUUGAGUCCAAUGUAGGAAAUGGUCCCGUCUUCAAGCCUCGCAGUUACUCAACGAGCUACGACUCCAAAUCGUCCAGAGAGGGAACCUCUGGUAAGAAGUUUGCCCCGACCAAGACCCACAUAAUCCCUGAUCAAUUUGGUGGCUAUGAUAUCAGACGGCUGAAGGCUCCUGGGCAGGAGAAAGUGAGUGUGAGGAAGCCCCAGCAGGCCUACCAGACUCCCAUCAAGGCCUACGUGGCCCCUCAGCAGCAAGCAACGAACCAGGCCUACCAGACUCCCAUCAAGGCCUACGUGGCCCCUCAGCGGCAAGCAACGAACCAGGCCUACGUGGCUCCCAACAAGGCCUACAAUGCUCCCCAGCAGCAGACUCCCAACAGGGCAUACGAGACUCCCAACGUGGCUCCCAACAAGGCCUACGAGGCUCCCAACAAGGCCUACAAUGCUCCCCAGCAGCAGACUCUCAACAGGGCCUACGAGACUACCAACAGGGCCUACGUGGCUCCCCAGCAGCAGACUCUCAACAGGGCCUACGAGACUACCAACAGGGCCUACGUGGCCCCUCAGCGGCAAGCAACGAACCAGGCCUACGUGGCUCCCAACAAGGCCUACAAUGCUCCCCAGCAGCAGACUCCCAACAAGGCCUACGAGGCUCCCAACAAGGCCUACGAGACUACCAACAGGGCCUACGAGACUACCAACAGGGCCUACAAGACUACCAACAGGGCCUGCAAGACUCCCAACAAGGCCCGCAAGACUCCCAACAAGGCCCACAAGACUGCCUACGAGACUCCCAACAAGGCCCACAAGACUGCCUACGAGACUCCCAACAAGGCCCACAAGACUGCCUACGAGACUCCCAACAAGGCCCACAAGACUGCCUACGAGACUCCCAACAAGGCCCACAAGACUCCCAACAGGGCCUACAAGACUCCCAAGAAGGUCUACGUAGCCCCUCAGCGGCAAGCAACGAACCAGUCCUACGAGGCUCCCAACAGGGCCUACGUGGCCCCUCGGAGGCAGGCUGAACCCCAGGCCUACAUCUCUCCUCAGGUCAAAUGGUUGCAGUUCAAGCCAAAGUGGGGACAAUAGCAGGUGCAGCUGGUGUCCUCGGAUGAAUAUUUUAUGAUAUUUAAAUGAAAUAAAUACAUUAAUUUAC